AUGGAAUUCACCAGUGGCACAAAAAAGAUUUUUUUAUUUAUAAUGGAAGACUGGAAAUUGUUAUUAUUUCUGACAUUUAUUUUUUCCGUCUAUUUCUAUUACACAAGCACAUUUGAUUUUUUCGAGAAAAAAGGGAUAAAAUACAUGAAACCUACAAUAUUUCUUGGAAACUUAGGGCAACGUUUGAUUGCCAAAAAAUCAUUUCACUUAUUUCAGUUGGAUAUUUAUAAUUAUUUCAGAGGCAAUCCAUAUGGAGGAAUAUUUGAAGGCCGGAGGCCAGUCCUUUAUUUAUUUGACCCUGAACUCAUUAAAGCUGUCACAAUCAGAGACUUUGAACAUUUCGUAGAUAGAAAUACUCUUAAUUCCAAUGAACCAAGGUAUUUGAAACAAUCAUUGUUGAAUUUAAAGGGUCCAGAAUGGAAGAAUAUUAGGAGCAUAUUGACGCCAGCAUUUAGUUCUGCUCGUUUGAAAUGCAUGUUGUCCUUAAUUGAGAUGUGUAGUGAACAAAUGAUUAUUUACUUGAAGCAAUAUGAUAAAACUGAAGUAGAGAUGAAAGAUACCAUGGGUCAUUUCACAUUAGAAGUUAUAGGUGCGUGUGCUUUUGGAAUAAAAUGUGAUGCAUUAACUGAUGAAAAUGCACAUUUUUUGAAGGUAGCUGAAAAGUUUAAUUUCAUGCCAAAACUUAAAAGAAUUAUCAUUUUUUCUUUUCUGAUAUUCAUGCCAAAAAUGAUCAGAUAUUUUAACAUAUCUUUCUUAUAUACUCCAAGUAUUGAAGAGCUAGUAAGAAUCUUGAAAGCAGCCAAAGAGGAAAGGAGAUUAUCAGGAAACAAAAAAAACGAUUUCCUUCAACUUCUUAUUGAUGCAACAGAAAGUGAAAAAUCAGAUACAACAUCAAAAACCCAUUUAGAUGAUGAUACUAUUGAUGCCCAGUCAUUGCUUUUCUUGAUUGCCGGUUAUGAGACUUCUAGUACUCUGCUGUCUUUUGCUGUACACGUUCUAGCAACAAAGCCGCAUAUUCAAAAUCAACUUCGCCAACAUGUUGAAGAAGUAACGAGUGGAAAAAAAAUUGAUUAUGAAGUGCUGUCACAAUUAUCAUAUCUUGAAGCAUUUCUGCUAGAAACGCUAAGGAAAUACCCACCAGUAUCUCGUGUGGACAGAACAUGUACUAAGAACUACACAUUACCUGGUACAUCAGUGCAAAUCAAGGUUGGCGAAGUGGUUGCGAUUCCAAUAUAUGGUAUUCACAUGGAUCCGGAUAUUUACCCUGACCCUGAAGAGUUUCGACCAGAAAGAUUCAUGGGCGAUGAGAAAAAAGAGAGAUCUUCGCAUCUGUUCUUAGCCUUUGGUGCAGGUCCAAGAAAUUGUAUUGGACUUCGAUUCGCAAUGUUUUCUGCAAAGUUAGCCAUGAUUGCUCUAUUGAAGAAUUUCAAAUUUUCAGCAAGUUCUAAAACUGUUGAUCCUAUAAAAACAGACAAGACAGCUGUUUUGUUAAAGGCCGAAGGUGGUUUAUGGGUACACCUUGAAGCUCUUUAG